AUGACUUGGACUUUGAGAAGUCAAAAACCCCUGGUUUUACAUGAUAACCUCAAGUACUUGUCCACAAACCACGACCACUUCAUUCAAUGUGAAGGCAAUACCUUCACCUGCCUGUAUAUUGAAAGGGCGACGAGUGCCACUUGGUUGCAGGGUUUUGGUGCUUUCGGCGAAUUGACGAUGAUGGAUUACUUGUCUCUAGUAUUCCACUCUGCGAGUACAGCAAUUCAAGCGGCUACCAAUGAUGAUAUUUUUCGCACCGUGGUAAACGAUCUUGACCCUCUCGGAAACGAACUCUGGCUCUGCAACAUUGACUACUACGAAGACGCACCGAUAGGCAUUUACGGAUGUGACAACUUGGAACACUCUGGUGAUGAUCAGCAAGGACAAUUGACUGUCGCUGGCUACCACAAUUCGGACCACAUCCUGUUCAACACACCCGCUGAAUGCUCCGCCGGCCAGCAAUACCGCCCUCAUACGGCUCAUGAACUUUUCAACGACCACAAUCUUUCGCUUCUGUUAUCCCCUUCAACGCAUCCCGACUUGUCCUCUCUCAACCCUAUAGUGUUCUCUGACUCUAGGGCUUCCUGGUCCCCCGAGACGCGACCAGGGCCCAGUAUUCCCUCCAACUUCCUCCCGUCCCCGACUCAUAUCGAUAAACCAACCGAGAUCCCCGAAUCGAUAACCUCCGCCUUCGUUUACUGUCAAAGAUGUCCUCGAAAAUUCCCGAGCAAGCACGAACUGGACAUCAACGCCCAACUUGUCGAUGCUCCUGUGUUCGAUGCUCAGGCCAACGAGAUUCCGAAUUUUCGGGGCCUUUUUGUGACGGACCCUAUCAAUGCGCGUGUGGGGAGCUUCGCAGCUCGAACAAAGCUCGAUUCAAAGAGCACAUCAGACCACGACGGCAGUUCCAGUGUAGCUGCGCUUCUCCAGAUUUGCGCAAAACUUCACAAAUCAGUUAUGACAGUGGUUGAGACUGGACUUGUGGAGAUGCUAAACUGGGUGCCUACAAUGAUAUGGGUUCUGCCUCGCAGGGAGAGUAGGGAUGGAGUGGGUUUAAAUUGGGCCAACGCUAGGUCUAGAAAUUCACGAGAAGAACAAUACCAAGUUGGGCUGUUCUACUUUAGAGGGUAUCCGGCCUUGGUGGCGGAACCGUUAAUAUUUGGCAAGUUGGAUAUGCAACCGUCCCCUGGGAUAGUGGUGAGGUUUAUACUCACUGGGAACCUUAAGCACCUUGUUUCAUCUGUCGGCCCGAAUUAUGGAUACCGUAUUAUUAUCCCAGCUAUUUUUACUACUGGCCUUGCGCCCAAUCCUGGGGCGAUAAGAAAACCGAUUGUUUUACGAUGA